GAAGAACCCUGCCUUAAGUUUCUUCUUUCUUUGGAAAUCAGCCCUGCUGUCCCUUGAGCUGAGCUGAGCAGACAAGAUGAGAAGAAGUCCCCAGGUGUGGAGGGGCUGAGAGUGAUGCGGAUGCAGGGUGGGCAGCAGCAAUAGAUGGUAGAUGUCACAGGUGCUGCACUUUCUAAAGACAGCCCCAGGACUGGGUGCUGGUGAGGCUUUCUGCUGAAGGCAGGCUUUUUUUUUUUUUCCUUGGUGGGGUUGUACUGUGCCAAGAGCACAAGAUCUGAGUGCUUCUUUGGAAUGGAUAACAUGCAAAUAAGUUGCUGGGAAACCAAAGGUCACUCUCAUUACUAUUUCUUCCUAAGCCAGCUCAUCCCUUUUGGUCUGUAACAGCAUUGCUUUUAAAGGGACACACUAUGGGCAGGUCCUUCCCAGGUGCACGGAGAGAGUCCCCUCCUUGGAGAGCCCUUGGUUGGAGAGCAAAGCUGGUGGGGCUGAGGCUGAGCCCACCUUGUGCUGCAUGGGGGAUUGAGGCAUGGGGAGAUGAGUGUGCAAAGGAACUCGGGGGAAAUCUGGGGGCUGGGUUUGUGCACCUCCAACACAUUUCCAGGAUAAAUGACACUGCUUGAGGUCUGGGGAAAGCGGGGGAAUGAAGAGCAGGAUGACAGCACUGCUGUCGUGUGUUUCUAUCUCUUGUGGUGUCAGAAAAACUUCAGGAUCAGCCCUGAAGGCUCAAUAAAACCAACGCUCUGUUUACGACGUUUAAUAGGCUCUAUCUAGCAACGUCUGUGAUAGAGGAGGCAGCAAUCAGCAGUGAGGCCAGUUUAAUAAAGGAUGUUUCUAAGCCACAAAUGUGUUUUCCCAGCUUGUUAAUGACACUUGGUGCAAAGGAUGGCAGCAUUCCUCUCCUGCACCUGGCACUCCGUUUCCCUGCUGAGCUGUGCUGUGUGUGGGAUCCGUGCUCUGUGGGUGCUCCCCAGGACUCCAGCGCUGGGAUAGGGCACAGGGGUGGGAAGGGGUUCCUAGGGGAGCCCCAACCCCUGCACUGUGGAACAGUGGUGCUGCCGGGAAGCUCUCAGAGCUGAGAUUUCAGCUCUCUGCUCGGCCGCAUUCCCCGAAGACCACAGCAGGGAUUUACCGAUGAGGGCGUCAGUUCUUCCUCCCGCACCCGUACAAUCGCUGUCCGUGUAUCUCGGCUCCCUUCCAAGCCCUAAGGGAACAGCCAGGUUCAAGUCACCUUGCCCCAAAUUCCCCUUAAUCCCUCUACUCUGGGGCGGAAGAAAGAGACACCUCCUCCACACCCCUCCUCCCCUUCCCGGAGUCGGAUUUGAAUACCCAGGUGUGAGCAUCAGCCACCCUCGAGUUAACGAGUUUGAUAAUUUACCCGGCUCAUUCCUGCCGGAGGGAUCCGAACGCAGCGCGGCUCUUCCCGGCCCCGCACCGCCACCCGCAGCCCCACCGCCCCGCAUCGUAACCCCGCACCAUGCCGGCCCUGCGGCUUCUCGCCCUCGGGCUCCUCCUGGCUCUGGAGCCCGCGAGCUGCCAGGAAGCCAGGGGCAAACUUCAGCCUUGGUCACAAGGUGUCAUUGCUGUGGUGGUGUUUCUGGUGCUGGUGGCAAUCUGCUUCGUGGUCAACAGGUUCUGGUGCAAGAAGCAGCAGGAUAACGUUGAGACAGUGGUGAGCAUUGGGGCCAAGGAAGAGGCUGUUGUGCCCAACGGACGUGAAGGGACAUACGUGACCUCUGCAGUGGACUUCAGGUCCAAGGAGAACAAGCACGCCUAUGAAAACACUUUGGAUCCAGAGGAGAAGGUGAUCACCACUGCCAUGUAGCACCAGCUCGUGGUGGGACCCUCUGCACUGACAUCCCCAUGCAUGGCAGCUCCUCUGUCCCAGGCCUUCAGACUUUUGUCCCUUUGUUAGACCCUAAGAGAGGUCUGGGGCUGUCACCUCCCCAGCCCUGUGGCCACCCCCUCACCUUCUCAGCCCAGCUGAUGUCCCCCACCCCCUGGACCAGGGGAUGCUGACCCAUUCCAGAUUCUGCUGCAUGCAUGGGACCCCAUGUUCCCUCCCCAAAUCCCUUCCCCUCUGGGAAACAGUCAAUGGAAAACCCACUCUCAUGUCAACAUCUCAUCCUCCUUUUUAUGAACAAAGGCUCCAUGCCAUGCAUUUCAAACUCAGAACAAACCGCCUCCCCUGUACAUAUAUUCUCUGCCAGCAAUAAAGGGAAUUGCUGUCCAUCCAGGCUCAUUCUGCUGGUGAUCCAUAGGAUUCUCCAGCACCUCAUGGCACUCCCGGUCCCUGGGCACUUCAGGAGGGUGGGACAGUAUGGAGAAGGGUGCUCAGAGAGGGGUCAGCACCUCAUGGAUGGGAUCCAUUGCUUAUUUCCUAACUUAGAUUUCCUUAGCACCAGGGGAUGUAGCUUGUGAUAAUGUGUACAGGUUGUGUCCUGGUGCCACCGACAGCUGCAAGCUCCUUUUCUGCAGCCACAGCUUCUGUAGGUGAUGCUGCUGAUGUCCCUGAU